CUUGCACAACAACCUGCCUCUCUUUUUUAGGUUAGAGAAGAGAAGAAAAGAUGGAAGGAAGAAGGGCCUUCAUUUUCCAACCUCUUUUCUUCCUCCUCUUCCUCUUCUCGGUGGUCGAGAGCCAAAAAAAAUUGAGUGCCCUUCAACCAUGCAAGAACUUGGCAUUCUACUUCCACGAUAUACUCUACAAUGGCCAAAACGCUGCCAAUGCGACGUCGGCCAUCGUCGGGGCGCCCGCAUGGGCCAAUCUCACGACACCUGCCGCGUUCAUGCACUUCGGGGACGUGGUUGUGUUCGACGACCCUAUCACCUUAGACAACAACCUGCACUCCAAGCCGGUAGGCCGAGCUCAGGGCUUCUAUUUGUAUGACAAGAAGGAGGUCUACACGGCAUGGCUGGGCUUCACCUUUGUGUUCAACUCCACGGAGAUUAAGGGGACCAUAAACUUCCUCGGUGCAGAUCCUCUCAUGAACAAGACAAGGGAUAUCUCGGUGGUUGGCGGCACGGGAGACUUCUUCAUGACCCGAGGGAUUGCCACAUUGAUGACCGAUGCGUAUGAGGGCGAUGUCUAUUUUCGCCUUCGUGUCGAUAUCAAACUGUACGAGUGCUACUAAGAAGCAACAUGUGAUAUCGACCUUCUACGUUUGUUGUUUUCAGCAUAGUUAUGGUUAGCUUCUCCUAAAUUUAUGGAGGGUUAAUGGUUGAGUUAGAUUUACUAGGGCGCUUCUUAUGUGUUUGUUAUGGUGGUUGAGUUAGAAGAUUUCUUUGCUUUAUAACAUCAAUAUCAAAUGCAAAGCUACCAUUAGUUAGUUAGA